AUGGCGCCUCACGUUGAAGAAGAAUUCAUCACGGCCAGCGUGACGAGCGCUGCCAAGAAAGAGAAGAUCCCAGAGACAAACGAAUUCCUCAGCAAUGGCACCAACGGACACAGGGCAGAAGAGUUCUGGUACCCUCCCUACGUGCCAAAAGAUGCCACUUACCGUGUCCUUCCCCAAUACCACUCCAAACCUACCAAGAUCCGUACCAUCUGCAUUGGUGCUGGCGCCACUGGGAUUGCCUUGGCAUAUAAGAUGGAGAGGAUGCUUGAAGAAGGCUCCUGGGAACUGACUCUCUACGACAAGAACCCUCACUUUGGCGGUACAUGGUAUGAGAAUACCUACCCCGGAGUAGCAUGUGAUAUCCCUUCUCACCUCUACAACUACUCAUGGGACCCCAAACCAGACUGGUCGCGAUACUACGCCCCCGGCGACGAGAUCCAGAAGUACUUUGAGAACUUUGUCGAGAAACAUGGCACCAAGAAAUACAUGAAGCUCAACACCAAGGUGAUUGAGGCCAAGUGGGAAGAGGACAAGGGCAUGUGGAGCGUCACCCUCGAGGACCAAGCCUCCAAGGGCACAUGGCAGGACUGGUGCCACGUCCUGAUCAACGGCACCGGCAUCCUCAACAGCUGGAAGUGGCCGGACAUCCCCGGCCUCGACGACUUCGAGGGCCCCAAGAUGCACUCUGCCGCCUGGGACCACUCUGUUGACUUCAAGGGCAAGACUGUUGGCGUCAUCGGCACGGGCAGCACGAGCGUGCAGAUUGUGCCGGCGCUGCAGCCAAUCGCCAAGGAUCUCAAGGUCUUCAUGCGGUCCAGCACCUGGAUCAGCCCGCCAUUUGGAGGGGGCGUCCUCGAGAAGGAGCUGAGGAAGGGCGAAGGUGGCGAUCAGCCGGGAAAUCGCCAGUACUUCUUCACGGAGGAGGACAAGCAGAGGUUCCGGGACGAUCCAGCCUACCACCUCGAGUUCCGCAAGCGCAUCGAGGCAGAGAUCAACUCUCUCUUCGGCAUGUACCAGCAGAACUCGGAGAUGAACAAUGCGUUCCGACAGGUAAUCACCGACGAGAUGAACCGCCGCAUGGGGCCCGGGCACGACAAGCUCAAGGAGUUCAUCAUCCCCAAGUGGUCGCCCGGGUGCCGAAGAAUCUCUCCCGGGGAUGGGUACCUGGAGGCCCUGGUCCAGCCCAACGUCGAGCCCGUGUACGGCGGCAUUGAGAAGAUUGUCAAGGAGGGUGUGGUUGGAGAGGACGGGACGCUGCACAAGAUUGACAUCUUGGUAUGCGCGACGGGCUUCAAUGUCGCCUUCAGACCCCGGUUCAGACUUAUCAAUGGCGCGGGAAAGACGCUGGAUCAGGAUUGGGAUGCACUGUCGACUGGUGGUGUGAAUCUCUACCUGGGAACCAGCGCGCCGAGGUUCCCCAACUACCACGUUAUAGUUGGUCCGGGUGCGACAUGGAGCUCUGGGACGUUGCUGCCCUCGAUCGAGACGACUAUCGAGUACGCGGUCAAGAUGAUGAGGAAGAUCCAGCACGAGAACAUCCGCUCCAUCAGCGUCAAGCAGGAGGCGCUCGAUGACAUCUACGCCCACUUCGACGAGUUCCACAAGACGACCGUCUUCCAGGAGGAAUGCCGGAGUUGGUUCAAGGACGGCAAGAUGAAGCAGAGGAUUUACUUGUGGCCUGGAUCCACCAUCCACUUCCUCAAGUCAAUCAAGGAACCGCGAUAUGAAGAUUACGACAUCAAGUAUCGGUUCGGCAACCGGUUCGCCUUCCUUGGCAAUGGAGAGGUCAAGGCCAAUCUGACCAACGACUGGGAGGGGCUGAGCACGUAUGUGAGGGGGAACGACAAUGACUGGAACGUGGACUGA